AUGUACAACAGACCAAAUCUGAGUGAGUCCUCCAGUUCAAACCAGACCCCGGCUCAGAGCCAGUCUCCUGCCCCGGGCCAGCCCAACCCCCAGCCCCUAAGCGAUAACCCCAGCCUGGCUAAGGUGCAGCUGGUCAUGGCCAGAGUGCUACUGCUUCAGGAAGACGUGGACGAAUUUGUUGGUAAAAAAUCAGACAAGAGUUAUCGAUGUUUGGAAGAACUGCUUACCAAAGAGCUUCUAGUGUUGGACUCUGUGGAGACUCAGGGACAAGAAAACGUUCGUCAGGCAAGAAAGGAGGCUGUCCAGAGGAUCCAGGCCAUAUUGGACCGACUGGAGAAGAAGGCCUUCUGA